CAGUAGACAUGAAAACCCUGUGCGCUCUUCUCAUCGCUCUGCUGAUCCCAGAGUCGUUAUCGCAAAGUGCAUGUGAAGAGUCGACGGCGAGCAAAAUUGUGGGCGGGUACGAGACGGAUUCAGAAAAACACCCUUUCUACACAGCUUUAGUACUUUCUUCGCAACUUAAAUCCAACGGGUCGCUCCUGGUUGUGUGCGGAGCUUCUUUGAUCAAAUCGAAUAAAAUUUUGACAGCCGCUCACUGCUAUGCGGAUAGGCGUAAGAAAGGAGGAAAUUGGAUGUCGGAACUGUCUGCAGUAUUCGAUCUGAAGAACAGAUGCAAAGGUGAAUAUGGUGCGUCAAGCUCGAUAAUACGAGUUGAAAUUCACCCACUCUAUGACCCUCUUACGACUAAUAACGACUUAGCCAUCGCGACAUUGAGUCGGAAUGUCUUGUACGACCCAGUUUGUCUUGCACCAAAAGGAGGAGGUGGGAUUUCGUCUGCGGGCUACGUUGUCGGUUACGGUGCAACAACGGAAGGAGGGAAAUCUCAACCUUGCAAACUCAUGAGGGCAGGUGUCAAGAUUUUCCCUAAGAAUGAAUGCCUACAAACGGAAAUAAAGCAACUUAUAAAACUUGUUUCUGGCAUCGUAUGUGCAGGUCUUAAAAGCGGGAUUCAUGACACAUGCCAGGGUGACAGCGGGGGUCCUUUGGUACGGUUUGAGAACGGCAUUGAAAUCCUACAAGGACUCACUUCCUUCGGUAGAGGUUGCGGUCGGGCAAAUUCACCCGGUGUGUACACCGACGUUUCCUACCACAGGGAUUGGAUUGAUGCACAAAUAGGAACAAGUUUUAUAUCGAGUCUAAUGCGUGGAUCGCGAUGCGGUAAUUUGAGACAGACCUUUGGUUUCAUAGAUUUUUUGAGUUGAGUGGACAAACAGGAUGGUAAAAGAAAACAUUUACAGCUAAGUCGUACAAUACAGUAUUUAAUACGCUUGUUUGUUUUUUAAAAACAUUUACAAUGAACAUUUAUUUCUAUAUGUAAUAGUUCAAAAUAAAACUAGUAUGAUGGGACUAGUAGGCGGAAAAAUAUAUAAACUAUAUAGUAUACGAUAAAUUAUAUAUCAAAAUAUAUGCAUUAUAAAUUAAAUUGGUUUUCAUUAUAAAAAUAAAACAUUGCCGUAAUUCUUAUGUUUCUAGACAAUAUUUUACUUGUAAUAUACAUAGAUUUGUUACAUUAAAAAACAACGAGAAAAAGAA